AUCAAUAACUUGAACAAAUUAUCCGGAUCCUCUUCCCAAUCCAUAGAAGACAUUUUGCUCUACAACCACUCCACUCCCAAAAAAGAAAACAUCUACAGAAAUGCUUCCCUAUUAUACAAUUUAAAUUUCGCCAUUAAUUCUUUAAACUCAAUAGUCCAAUCACAUCCCCUCACCCCAAAUAAACAAUACAAUCCUUUCACCUCCCCUGAUAUCCCCCAGCUCUCUUCCCCUGAUCAAUUAUUGGAAACCCCAUCGAUAUCCAUUGAAAUAUCUAAUCCAAUCCAAAAUAUGGAUCUAAACGCUUGGAUCAAAACCUCUUUUAAUUCCAUCCAUGAAUUCAAAACUUUACUACUCAACUCAGCUCACGCUAUUAAAGGCGAUGGUUUCACUUGGUUGGUAGCUCGUCAAGACAACUCUCAGGGCAAAAUAUUCGUUGAUGAUUUGUUUGUUUUAAACACUUAUAACUCAGCUCAGCCAAACAAUGUCCAGUCCGACUAUCUUUCCCAUUUGAAAAAAGUCUACUUGAAAAUCCAAGAAGCACAUGAAUCGCCUUUGUUUUCAUCUAUUGAAGAAGCUAAAGCCAAAGUGAGAUCAGUUUCAAAAGUUUCCUAUAUUCCAUUACUAGCUGUUGAUGCCUCACCCAAGGCGUAUUUAUAUGAUUAUGGUGUGUUUGGAAAAAAGGUUUAUUUAGAAAGAUUGUGGAAUUGCAUUGAUUGGGAUGUGGUAGCUAGUAGAAUGCCAAAA